AUGAAUAACCCUCCUCAGAUAUGGAAAAACAAAGAAGUGAAAUUUUGUUUGAGACCAUCUCAGACUCAAACCAUUAGAUUAAGAAUUCAUCAUAGGGGACAAUUAGUUGACAAACCUGUUAAAUGGUACGUUAAUGGACAAGUCUCUGAAAUGAAUUGGGAGUGGGAUGUGGAUUAUAUUUCAUAUAUGCAGUUGGAAGGUUUGAUAAGAAGUGAGGGGUAUAUGAAUAUCAAGUGUAUGUGGUACUGGAACCCCAAGUUUAGCUUUUCUCGUGGCCUUAGACCGCUUAAUUGUGACGCUGAUGUGGUAAAAUUUGUUGCGGAUGUCUCUGGAUAUGAAUUGGUUGAUGUGUAUGUAGAGCAUUCCAUUGGUAUUCCUGAUGUGAUUGAUGAGGAAAUAGAAGUUGAAAUUAAUGAUGAUUGUGCUCCAAACUCGGAUGAUGAGGAAGUGGAAGUUAAUGAUGAUUUACCAGUAGGGAGUGAAGACGUAAAUGAUGAUGAUGCUGACUAUGUCGGAAGUGAAGGUGACUUGGACAGUUUUAGUGACACUGAGUAUGAGUGUAGUGAUGAGAUUGUUGACUUAGAUUGGACAACAGUCAUACCUUUUGAGAACUUAGGUGCUAAGGUGAACAAUUCUGAUGUUGAUGAUGACUCUGAUGUGCUGCUUACACCUCCUGAUAGUGAUGAUGAUGAGGAACAUGAGAAGUUUCCGGCUUAUAAAAGUGGAGAGAUAUUCAAGUUUCAACUAGGUAUGAUGUUUAACAAUAAAGAGAUGGUUAGGGAUGCUUUGAAGGAGUAUGCAAUGAAGAUGAAGAAAAAUGUUGCUCUACAGAAAAAUGAUGGAAAGAGGAUGGUAGUAAAAUGUAUCGAUGGUAGUAAAAUGUACAUGAGAAUCACUAAACGGGUAGGGAACCAAUUCUGGCAAGUUGCAAGUUUAAUUGAUGAACACACAUGCCAUAGAACUCCAUAUAAUAGGCAGGCAAAGACAACAUGGCUUGCCAAUAAAUUUGCAGAUAUUCUAAGACAUAGCCCUAACAUGAAACUAGUGGGAUUGAUUGCUGAAGCUGUUGAGAGAUGGGGAGUGAAGUUGUCUCAUGAUCAAGCAUAUAGGGCCAAAAGAAGGGCUAUGGAUUUAAUCCAAGGUGCUGGAAUGGACCAAUUCACCCAUUUAAGGCGUUAUGCACUAGAGUUACUAAAGUCAAACCCUAAUAGUAAUGUUGUGGUGCAAUGUGCUGAUUCUAAUGAAGGCCCUAUGUUUGAGAGGAUUUAUGUGUGCUUAGAUGCGCGUAAGUCUGGAUUUGCAAAAUAUUGUAGGCCACUUAUCGGUUUGGAUGCUUGUUUUUUGAAAGGCGACUUUGGUGGACAACUGAUGGCAGCUGUGGGGAUGGAUAGAAAUAACAAGAUAUAUCCUAUUGCUUAUGCUGUUGUGGAGGCUGAGACAAAAGACUCUUGGGAGUGGUUCAUCAACAUUCCAAUGGAAGACCUAGAAAGCAUAAACCAUAGGGCCUAUGCUUUCAUCUCAGACCAACAAAAGGGCCUUGUACCAGCAGUUCAGAGUGUGAGUUCUCAUGUGGAACAACGCCUUUGUGUGAAACAUCUAUAUGGAAACUGGAAGAAGAAAUAUCCUGGGUUGGAAUUGAAAGAGGUUAUGUGGAGUGCAACAAGGGCUACAACCGUUGCAACAUGGGAGAGGGCAAUGCUAAGGAUGAAAAGGUUGAAUGAAGUUGCUUGGAAGGAAAUGAAAGAUAUCCCGGCACGAUAUUGGAGCAGAUCACACUUCAGGACUUAUUCUAAAUGUGACCUACAGAAUACAGUUGGUGAUUGA